AUGCAUUGCCGCAAGAAAAAGAUUAGGCAACACGAUUUGGUGUACGACAAUACAGAAAGGGAUUUGAUUCCCAAGAGGGGUUAUUAUUCAGAGCUAGUUUCGAAUAUGAUGAAGGAAGAUCCCUCAAAACAAGUAUUUGCUAAGAAGCGUAUGAAACUACUUUUACAGGCUAAAACAGAUAAGUUGGCUCCCAUGGUGAUGUCUCUGCCGAAGCCUCAGAGGCCAAAGUUAUUAUUGCCACCAGGCCGCUGGACGACUUAUAGCGAAGAUGAAAGUGUUCAAUUUCCUUUUGAGACAUUUGUGCCGAAGCUUCAAUUUUUGAGCGUGGUCUUGCCAAAAGAACUGCCGAGAUUGGUCAAAAUCGAGAGACUACGUAGAAAAUUCUUGGCGGUUAACAUUAAGAAAAUGCUCCGAGAACGCGAGGUCCAACCGUACUUACUGAUACCCCCGGAUGAGUAUCCUUUAUCGAACGAAGAGUAUUACGGACUCUACAGUCCGUUCCCGAAAAUGGACUUGGAACUGUUUGAUAACACUGAUUUUGAUUGUAGAAUACCAGAAGAAUGGCUAGGUCUCGGUCUCAUAGAGGGAGAGCAAUACCCCUGUCCAGGUUUGGCGUUCAUACCGAAACUGGAUAUUAAGCCGCCUAAACCAUCGAUGGAUAUGAUACAGAUUCUUAAUAACUUAUAUGAGUGGACAAACGUAGCUGCUUUUAGCUUUGAUAAAAACACUGGUAGAUGGGAGGUAAUGGCGUUGGAUGGAUCGAAACGACGAUUCAACAUCCCUCGCAUAAGAUUGAUGUUCAAAGCCGACGACCCCGACACGUUCGCCGAGAGAGUGAAGUCCGCAGUCAAUUUACGAAGAGAAGUUGAAAAUAACUUCAGGUUCUACUUAUAUCUCGAUUGUUUGAUCCUGGAUGGCUUACCAAGGAUGCCCUUACACUUUAUGCCCGCUGUCUUGAAGAUGGUUCUCAUCCAUCGUCAAGCGAAGCAAGUUGAUGAUGAUCUUCUUCAGGCUUUAAAACAAGAGGCUGAUCUUCUGUACAGGAAAAUUGAGGGUAAAAUGAAAAUAAUAAACACGAUAAAGAAAUAUCCGACUCUGUACAACUUCAUCGAUCCUCCAAGCAAGGAAUACGUGCCUCCUAUCCCAGACUAUGGCCGGUAUCCUUGUGACAUGGUAGACUUUUCCGGAAGAAUGAAGUUCAACCAGUGGAACUCGCUGUAUGUCCUCACAGAAUCCGUAUCCUGCAUACAUUUGGUUAUUGAAGAAUGUUUAAAGGUGGAAUCCAUGUUGUUCUUCACGACCAACUACGGUAGGAACGUGAGUCUUGCGGAGUUCGACUCCGCUCAGCAACAUUGCACGUCUAUGAUGCUUAAAUAUCUUAACAUAACCUGGUUGAACUCCACGGCGCACGCGAUAAGAAUGUCCUACAGGGAUGUUGGGAAAGGAUGGUUCAACAUUUAUGAAAAGAAGUGGGAAUUUUACGGAAUCAGUAAACUGUGUAGGUUUAUGCAACUCGUCAGAUUUAGAAUGCAGUACGCACUACGCUACUGUAUCGAACAAUCGAUGGCGAUGUUCGUCAACCUCUGUGAGACGCCUUGCCUAUGUACGUACUGGUGUGAGGAUGAUUACGAGUGGGAUGCGAGUGAUCUUAUCAACACGCCCUUCCGCUCUCCCACCCCCACCCUCUUCUACUUCCACUUGAUGAUGUCCGCCGAUGGGCCGUAUUACACAACACCGCCUGAUCAGUUUGAAAUUGUUAUUCAGCGUCUAUUUCGAGAAAUGCUAUAUCGUUGUCACUUUAUACCCCAAGUUCAUCCCAAGAUCAUGACAGGGCUCGUUUUCGAUAAGGAAUUAUUUCUCACAUCUAUCGGUUUGAUGGAACCAAACGUUGUCGAGUAUAGAGAGAGACUGCUAAAGGCAUAUAGGAAAGCAAUAAUACCAUUAAUAUCGUAUAUGCAUCAAUACGAUUGCUAUAAAGAAAUUUAUAUGCUGAAUAUCGAAGAAUAUGUUGAGAAUUUCCGACAAGAAAAACAUUCAGCAUCUGAGACAAGGGAAGAAGUGCAGAUGCAUUAUGAUGCUAAACAAGAUCUAAUCUGGCGACUGCCGCAGUACAUAAAUAUAGGACCGUUUGCAAUAAAUGUCGAUACUUUAAAGCAAAUGUUAGUAACAAAACGAUCAGAUAUAAUAAAAGCGCUGCUAACAAUGUGGGCAGAAGAAGUACGUGUUGUGGUAGAGGAUGUCAUACAAGCAUACAAGAAUAUUAUGAGGAAGUUGGGAGAGAAACCGAAUACAAUUGAACACGUGUUUGAGAUAAGGGAGUGGAUGGAGUCAAUACCAUUUGCUUUAAAAACUCAAGAUGAUAUCAUGAAAAAAGUGCAUACUGACUAUGAAGUACUUGAUGUAUUUUUUACACCACUUGAAAAUGAAGAUUUUAAAGCAUUAUGGGAGGCGAUUGGAUGGCCUCUAAAUAUUAACAAACAGGUGGAAGCAACGACAGAUUUCUUAGAAGAAGAACAGGAGAAGUUCUGGAAACUACAUCAACAAGACGAACAGACGCUAUUCGAUAAGAUAGACAUGUUUACUGCGCAAUGUAUGGCACUGACGUUACAGAAUGAUUUCGCAAGGGUGCACGAGAUAGCCAACGACAUAAAGAAAGCAUGGAAAGGCAUGAAGGACGCGCAGGAGUGGGGCCGCGUCCUCAACCAGCGACAGAAGCUUUUCGCGCAGCCCGUCGUGCCCUUCGCAGACCUCAACCGCCUCGUAAAGGAGUUCGAGCCCUACCGAAACCUUUGGGUCACCGCCUCUGAUUUCCUAAAAGCGCGAGAAGUGUGGUUCGACAACCCUCUUAUCUACGUGGAUGCGGACUCCAUCGAGUCAAUCAUCAACGAGUACUACAAGACCAUCGUCAAAUGCAUAAGAGUGUUUGCCGACCUGCCCAAAGUGCAACAAGUUGCAUUGACUAUACGAGAUGAUAUGGAUGAGUUCAGACCAUUGAUUCCUGUCAUACAAGCUGUGAGAAAUCCAGGAAUGAAGGAACGUCACUGGAACGAGUUUAUGGAGAAAGCUGGUAUAACUGUAACGAUGAACGAGAAGCAGACAUUCGCGAUGUGUCUGAAGCAAGGCGUGGCGGAACACGCGGAACUAAUCGCGGAUAUCGGGGAGCUGGCGAGUAAGGAGUACGUCAUCGAACAGUCGCUGGAUAAGAUGCUUUCAGAUUGGGCUACAAGGGCUAUGGAAAUUACUCCAUAUAAGAAUACUGGCACAUUCAUAAUGAAGAUAGCAGAUGAAACUCUUCAACUACUAGACGAACACCUACUGGCUACCCAGCAGCUCGGCUUCAGUCCAUUUAAGGCAGCUUUCGAGCUUCGUAUCCAGGAGUGGGACGAUAAAUUGAGAUUAACCCAAAAAGUUGUGGACGAGUGGAUUGAAUGUCAGAAAGAAUGGAUGUAUCUAGAACCGAUUUUUACAUCUGAAGACAUAUCACGGCAGUUGCCUCUUGAGGCUAAAAAGUAUGGUACUAUGGAGAGGAUUUGGAGGAGAAUCAUGUCAUCGGCAGCCGCCUGUCCAAAAAUAAUGGUGGUAUGCCCAGACAGUCGACUUUUAGACAGUCUAGUUGAAGCCAGGCACUUACUGGCAGUUGUGUCUCGCGGUCUCAAUGAAUAUAUGGAACUGAAGCGACUGAGGUUCCCAAGAUUCUUCUUCCUGAGUGAUGAUGAAUUGUUGGAGAUACUGUCUCAGUCCCGUAACCCAAGAGCCGUUCAACCACAUCUCAGGAAAUGCUUUGAGAAUAUUGCAAAGGUGACAUUUGAACCAGAUUUAAAAAUAACACAGAUGCAUUCAAGUGAAGGAGAAAUUGUGGAACUAAAGUAUAAAUUCUACCCCAGCAGUAAUGUCGAACAGUGGCUCCUUCUGUUGGAAGAUACGAUGAGACAUUCGAUCCGCCUAACGCUAAUAUCAGCCAUGGAGGAGCUGUGGACGCUCCCCCGCGCGGUGUGGGUGCUGCGCUGGCCGGGACAGGUGGUCAUCGCGGGCUCGCAGACCGCCUGGACGGCGGGAGUGGAGCAAGCCAUCGCCGACUACCGCAUGGAUCUGUUCUUUGAGGAGAUGCUGCAACAGUUGGAUAGCCUUCGUGCAUUAGUGAAAGGCGAACUGACGUACUUUCAAAGGGAAGUUCUCUGCGCGUUAAUAGUUAUCGAGGUACACGCUAGAGAUGUAACGAAGACUUUGGUCGAUGAAAAUGUUAAGAAUGUUACUGAUUUCCAGUGGAUCUGUCAAUUGAGGUAUUAUCAAAUGAUAAAAGAAAUGAUCCCGUUAGAGGAAGACGAGUCACCGGAAAUAUAUCAAGAUGAAGAGCGUCUGGAUACUUCGAUGUACUACCGGCAGUUUAGUCAGAACUACUGCGAGGUUCGAGCUCUGAACUCUAUAUUUACGUAUCAAAAUGAAUACUUGGGGAACAGCGGUCGGCUAGUGAUUACUCCUCUGACGGACCGCUGCUACGUGACUCUGAUGUGCGCGAUGCACCUCAAGUUUGGAGGCGCACCCGCCGGGCCCGCGGGGACCGGGAAGACUGAGACCACUAAGGAUUUAGCAAAAGCGCUAGCAGUACAAUGUGUGGUAUUCAACUGUUCCGAUCAACUUGACUUCAUGGCGAUGGGAAAAUUCUUCAAAGGACUUGCCGCUUCUGGUGCGUGGGCGUGUUUUGACGAAUUCAACAGAAUAGACAUCGAAGUGUUGUCCGUUGUUGCUCAACAGGUGGUCACAAUACAAAAAGCUCAGAUCGCUCGCCAAGAGAAGUUCAUGUUCGAAGGUUGUGAGUUGCCUCUCAAAGCUUCCUGUUCGGUCUUUAUUACUAUGAAUCCUGGGUAUGCGGGUCGAACGGAACUACCCGAUAAUUUAAAGGCGCUUUUCCGACCAAUUGCCAUGAUGGUACCGGAUUACGCCCUUAUUGCGGAAAUAUCAUUAUUCUCAUACGGUUUUUACGAAGCGAAGAUAUUAGCUGGUAAAAUAACUACAACCUUUAGAUUGAGUUCUGAACAACUGUCUUCACAGGAACAUUAUGAUUUCGGUAUGAGAGCUGUGAAGACAGUGAUACUGGUCGCUGGUAAUCUAAUACGCCAGAUGCCAGACGGUGAUGAAAGACAAAUAGUUCUGCGAGCUUUACGUGAUGUUAAUGUACCUAAGUUUCUUGCUGAUGAUCUAGUUUUGUUCAAUGGUAUAAUAUCAGAUCUCUUUCCACGCGUGGAAAUCCCGGUAGUUGACUAUGGUAUAAUGGAGCAGUCUAUUAGAAACAUGCUUAUCAAGAAGGGUUAUGACGAUCUUUACACAUUCAUAUUCAAAAUAAUUCAGUUGUAUGAGACAACGGUGGUCAGACACGGCUUAAUGUUGGUCGGGCCGGCCGGUGUUGGGAAAACCAAGUGUUACGAAUUCCUCCGAGACGCUCUGACAGCGAUAAAGGGCAAGCUGGCCCCCGACGGGUUCCCUUUCACCCCCGUCCACACCUUUGUGGUCAACCCCAAGUCUAUCACCAUGGGUCAGCUCUAUGGGGAAUUUGAUUUGCAAACUCACGAAUGGACUGAUGGUAUUCUGUCAAGUUUAGUACGAGCUGGUAUAGCGGUGGAAGAUAUGGACAAGCGCUGGUACGUCUUUGACGGGCCAGUGGAUGCAGUAUGGAUCGAGAAUAUGAACACCGUAUUGGAUGACAAUAAAAAGCUCUGUCUAUCAAGCGGUGAAAUAAUGAAACUGACAGAUAGACAGAGAAUGAUAUUCGAAGUAGCGGAUCUAGCGGUGGCCUCACCCGCCACUGUGUCGCGAUGUGGCAUGGUGUAUCUCGACACUCAGGUUGUAGGUCUUCCACCGCUUGUCAAUGCUUGGAUGAAGAGUAAUUUACCUUCUAUAGCUGAUAAUAUACGAAAAAUUCUUCCAAAACUCAUAACAACAUAUUUGUAUCCAGCACUAACACUUUUACGAUCUUCGUUAAAUGAAAUCGUGACUUCAAUAGAUUCAGCCCUAGUGCUAAAGUUUCUAGAACUUCUAGACUAUAGAUUAAGACCGCUCACCGGUAAAGACGACAGACCGCCACCAGGGGCCGCAUUUAUAGCGAUGAUGCCGAAACUAGCGCCGUGUUGGGUGAUAUGGUCAGUGAUAUGGUCGGUCGGAGCCACUUGCGACCACAACGGACGCGCUGUGUUCUCAGACUUUAUGCGGAAUCUCAUGCAGGAGAACGAUGCUAAGCCACCGUUCCCUAAAGAAGGCAGAGUUUAUGAUUACACUUUACACGAUGGUGGUUUCACCGACCCCACGGAUGAUGGCGAGCCAGCCAACCCCUACUGGUACAACUGGAUGGCUAAUCUUGAAGAAUAUGAAGUUGAUCCUGAGUGGCAGUAUGCAGACAUCGAAGUCCCGACGCUAGACAACGUCCGCAGCGCGGCUCUGCUCGGCUACAAAAUUACCAACUACAACCACGUGCUCUGCGUCGGACCCACUGGGACUGGGAAGACUGUCACUAUUACAUCAAAGCUAUCUCGAGGGCUGCAUAAGAAGUUUAUUUGUGAAUUUUUGGUUUUUUCGGCGAGGACUUCUGCUAAUCAAACUCAGGACGUAAUAGACAGUAAAUUGGAGCGACGUCGCCGAGGAGUGUUUGGUCCGCCUCCAACGAAGAGACAAGUGUUCUUUAUAGACGACCUCAAUAUGCCCGCUUUGGAAGUUUACGGCGCCCAACCGCCCAUCGAACUUCUAAGACAAUUUAUGGAUUUCUCUGGUUGGUACGACCGCACCAACAUCGGCGAGUUCAAGACGCUCAUUGAUGUGGGCAUGGUGGCCGCCAUGGGGCCUCCGGGUGGGGGACGGAACCCUGUCACCAUGCGCCUUAUGAGGCACUUUCACACCAUAUCCUUCACGGAGAUGGAAUACAACAGCAAGUAUGGGAUUUUCAACACGAUCUUGAAAUCUUGGACUCGCAACUUCAAAGAUGUGACCAUCCGUGAGGGUGCCUUCCUGAAGAGUUCCAUCGAGGUGUUCAGCUCGUUGGUGGAGGAGUUGCUGCCGACGCCCAGCAAGUCGCACUACACGUUCAACCUUCGGGACCUCAGCAAGGUGUUCCAGGGAAUGCUCAUGAUGGACCCGCUUGCCGUUAAGGACGAAAAUGACGUAAUAAGACUGUGGUACCACGAACACCAGCGUGUGUACCAAGACCGACUCGUUAACGAUGAAGAUAGAACUUGGUUUGUCAAUUUACUGAAUAAGAAGAUUCGUACUGAAUUCAAUAAGAAGCCAUCUGAUGUCAUCGGUGGAAGGCUGAUGCUGUUUGGUGACUUCAUGGAUAUCGGAGCUGACGACAGGAAAUAUGUUGAGAUCACUGAUAAGGAAGAGCUCGAUGAAGUUCUGUCUCACUACCUCAACGAGUACAAUCUGUCGUCGACCGCUCCUCUGGAUCUGGUUCUGUUUGAGGACGCUGUGGGACAUCUCUGUCGAUUAUCUCGUAUUAUGAGGCAGCCGAUGGCUAACGCCUUGUUACUGGGCAUGGGAGGUUCAGGUCGCCAAUCCCUGUCCCGACUGGCAGCCAACAUGGCCGAACUUCAGUGCACGCAGAUAGAAAUAACGAAAGCGUACGGUCAGAGCGAGUGGCGGGACGACCUCAAGCAGGCCAUGAUGAAGGCGGGCGCUGAGAAUCGAGGGAUUGUUUUCCUUUUCUCUGAUGCUCAGAUAAAAAUGGAGUCGUUCCUCGAGGAUCUGAACAACGUCCUGAGCUCGGGCGACGUGCCCAACAUGUACGAGGCAGAAGACCUCGACACUAUCUACAUGUCGGUUAGACACGCUGUCAUGGAAAUGAACCUCGCCGCUACAAAGACCAACCUCUUCGCGUGCUAUCAGCGCAGGGUCCGAAGUAAUUUGCACAUCGUGGUCGUUAUGAGUCCUGUGGGGGAGAUCUUCAGAGCCCGUCUCCGUCAGUUUCCCUCCCUCGUCAACUGUUGCACUAUCGACUGGUUCAGUGAAUGGCCAAAAUCAGCCCUUCAGUCGGUCGCGAGACACUUCUUCAACAACAUGACUGAACUGCAGACCACUGACGAAGUUAUCGGUUCUUUGGUGUCGGUGUGCUGCUUCGCUCACUGGAGCGUGUCGGAGGCGAGCGCGCGCUUCCUGUCGCGGCUCGGGCGCCGGAACUACGUCACGCCCAUGUCGUACAUGGAGAUGUUGGCCGCCUACCGCGACAUGUUCCGCAAGAAGCAGAAGGCGAUCCUCACGGAGUCUAAUGCUCUUAAAACUGGUCUAAACAAGUUGAAUCAAACCGAAGUAGAAGUGAAGCAGCUGCAAAUAGAAUUAGCCGAGUUGAAACCUAUGAUGGAGAAAGCCGCUGAAGAAACGAGGAAAGUUAUUGAACAAAUCGCUAUUGACACUGAAAUUGCUGAAGACGCAAGAAUUAAAGUGGAAAAAGAACAAGCGAUAGCCGAAGUAAUGGCUAAAGAAACUACAGCUAUGGCUGAAGAUGCGCAGAGAGAUCUAGACGAAGCAAUGCCAGCGCUACGAGCGGCUGAAAAGGCUUUACAGGAACUGAACCGUAACGACGUAGUGGAAGUGAAAGCGAUGAAGAAACCACCCGCCGGUGUAGUGCUGGUCAUAGAAUCGCUGUGUGUGGUAUUCGAUAUCAAACCCAUAAAGGAACCUGGAGCAUCGUUUGGUCAGAAGGUCCUGAAUUACUGGAAGCCAGGCUCUCAGAUGUUAGCGGAUCCAACCGCCUUUCUCGACUCGUUGAUGAAGUACGACAAGGAGUCCAUCACUGAAGAUGUGAUCAAGAAGCUUAAGAAGUACGUUACUGAUCCGAACUAUGAGCCGGCGAAGAUCUCUAAGGUGUCAAAAGCAUGCAUGUCGCUGUGCAUGUGGGUGCACGCCAUGUACAAGUUCUACCACGUCAAUAAAGCUGUGGCUCCAAAGAAGGAAGCUCUUGAACGCGCUACGAAAGAAUUAGCAGCCGUUGAAGCCGUAUUAGCCAACGCAAGAGCGAAAAUGCAAGCUUUACUGGAAGGUAUCGCGAAACUAAACGCCUACCUGCAAGAGAAGGAAGAUGAGAAGCGGAAGAUGGAGGAAGACAUUAACCAGUGCUUGGCGAGGAUGGAUCGGGCUAACAGGUUACUGAACGGUCUCUCUAGCGAGCGAGUUCGUUGGAUACGAACCAUCAAGGAGCUGGAUGUCGCUCGGGUGAACCUCAUCGGUGACAUCAUGUUGAGCGCGUGCGCGGUGGGCUACAUCACGCCGUUCACCGAUGAGUUCCGCAGGGAACUGCUGGCGCAGUGGACACAGCAUAUUGUGGAAGUGGCGCUGCCGCAUACGGAGGGAGCGACGCCGCUCUCUAUUCUCGGCGAUGCAGUGGUCAUUCGUAAUUGGCAAAUGUACGGUCUACCGCGCGACCCCUUGUCCGUGGAGUCAGCGGUGUUGAUGUCUAACUCAAGACGAUGGCCUCUGAUCAUCGACCCUCAGACUCAAGCCAAUAAGUGGAUUAGAGCCAUGGGUAAAAUCGAAGGUAUAGUCGUUUGUAAGCCGAACGACAGAGACUUAUUGCGGAAUUUUGAGUCAGCGCUGAGGUUUGGUAAGCCGAUUCUUCUGGAAAAUGUCGGACAAGAAUUGGAUCCAGCGCUAGAUCCUGUAUUAAAGCGGCAAUAUUUCCGUCAAGCGGGUCAGUUGGUUUUAAAACUCGGCGACUCGUUGAUACCGUACACGGCCGGCUUCCGCCUCUACAUAACCACUAAGAUACCGAAUCCUAAAUACACUCCCGAGGUCUCAGUUAAAGUGCAGAUUGUAAACUUUGCACUUGUACCGAGUGGGUUAGCGGAACAGCUUCUGUCGAUAGUAGUCGCUCAAGAGCGUCCCGACCUAGAGGAACUGCGCGGACAACUCAUCGUAUCGAGGGCUCAGCUCUCUACGCAACUGGCGGAAAUGCAGUCCGACAUUCUGUACGGUCUGUCCAACAGUGAAGGGUCGCCCGUUGAUGACCUGCCUCUUAUUUUGACUUUGGAGGCUAUUAAGAUCAAGAGCGCUGAGAUAUUGAUAAAAGUAGAUGAUAUAGAGCGUACAUCGGCUGAAAUAGACGAAGCUCGGCAAGGUUACGUUCCGGUCGCCAACCGUGGACAAAUAUUGUUCUUUUGUCUGUCCGGUAUGGCCAACGUUGAUCCAAUGUACCAAUACUCGUUGGAGUGGUUCGUCAAACUGUUCAUACGGAGCAUGGCGGAGACUGAGCUUAAUGACGAUACAAUCGAACGCGUCGAUACAAUAAUAGAGCACUUUACGUUUCUCCUGUAUCAGAACGUCUGCAGGAGUCUGUUCGAGAGACACAAGCUCUUGUUCGCGUUCCUACUCUGUGCUCGUAUUCUACUCGAUAGAGGAACCAUCAGAUAUCAGGAGUUUAAUUUCUUAUUGAACGGCGCGAAAAUUGAGGAGGAGUUGGAAAACCCAGAACCCAAGUGGAUAUCGCCGAGAAUGUGGCUCGACAUGUUGCAGCUCGCGUCUCUGCCCACAAUGAAACAGUUUGUGUUGGACUUCUCGCAGCAGACCAAGUUCUUUAAGACUUAUUAUGAUGCCUGGAAUCCACAUAAAUUACCGUAUCCAAAACCAUUGGAUACACAACUGGACGGUUUUCAAAAACUACUCGUUUUAAAAUGUCUAAGACCAGACAAGCUUGUUCCUGGACUACAGGACUACGUAGUGGCCGGUUUAGGAGCAAGAUUCGUAGAGCCUCAGCCAGCAGACCUAGCUGCUUUGUACGCUGAAUCUGACCCUCUAGCACCGAUUAUAUUCGUAUUGUCGACUGGUACUGAUCCUGCUGCAGAUCUGCUUAAGUUUGCCGAUAAAAUGAAAAUGGGGAAACGUUUCGAGAGUAUAUCGUUGGGUCAGGGGCAGGGACCCAUAGCGGAAGCAAUGAUGAAAGUUGGCUGUGACUUUGGUAAUUGGGUAUUUUUCCAGAAUUGUCAUCUGUCUCCGUCGUGGAUGCCAGUAUUAGAACUCAAUGUGGAACAGAUCAUGCCAGAAGUGGUUCACAAAGACUUUCGACUUUGGCUUACCUCUACACCUUCACCUUUCUUCCCAGUAGCAUUGUUGCAGAAUGGAUAUAAAAUGACAGUAGAGCCUCCAAGAGGUAUCAAAGCAAACUUAUUGAAGGCUUAUAUGAAUCAGGUUCCUGAUUUUCAAGACUAUUUUAAUUCGUCUGACGCUAAAGUUCCUAACUUCAAGUGGCUCUUGUUCUCGCUGUGUCUCUUCCACGGCGUCGUCCUCGAGCGUCGCAAGUUCGGUCCUCUCGGCUUCAACAUCCCCUACGAGUUCACGGAUGGAGAUCUUCGCAUUUGUAUCUCACAGCUUCACAUGUUCCUCACUGAAUACAAUGAAGUUCCUUUACGGAUGCUAACGUACACCGCGGGCCACAUAAACUACGGCGGUCGCGUGACCGAUGACUGGGACCGGCGCUGUCUCUUGUGUUUACUAGCGGACUACUACACUACUGCUGUUCUUAACGAUCGAUGUGUUUUUGAUGAGAGCGGAGCUUAUAAACAGCAACCAUCGUGGUUCACUAUCGAAGACUACACCAAGUACAUCAGAACGCUGCCGCUCAACGACGACCCCUCGCUGUUCGGUCUCCACAGCAACGCUAACAUCAGCUACGCCAUGUCGGAGACCAGCGCCUGCAUCAGUACACUAAGUAACCUGCAACCUAAAGAAGUGAGUGGUGAGGGAGGUCUGACGGCAGAAGAGAUGACAGAGAGGGCAGCGAGAGAGAUACUGGACGUGCUACCUGACUUGUUGGAUCUGAAGUACAUCGCCGCUACAUAUCCUGUAUCAUACAAGGAGUCUUUAAACACGGUACUGAUACAAGAAGCGAUCCGGUACAACAAACUAUUGACAAUAAUUAAUAGUUCUUUGCGGGACCUCCAAAAGGCCCUGAAGGGUCUGGUAGUGAUGUCAGAGGCGCUCGAGAGUAUGGCAGGUAGCUUGGCGAGAAACGCUGUACCGGCCUUGUGGAGUGCACGGGCCUACCCUUCGCUCAAGCCGCUGGCUGCCUGGGUGAAGGACCUGUGUCUCCGAGUCCAGUUCAUGCAGCAGUGGGCCGAGGGUGGUAUCCCGAAGGUGUUUUGGAUAUCAGGAUUCUACUUCCCGCAGGCGUUCCUCACUGGAGCUUUGCAGAACUACGCCAGAAAACAUGUCAUCGCUAUUGAUACUGUGGCUUAUGCUUUUGAGGCGCUACCAGGUCCCCCACAAAAGAAGCCGGACGAUGGAUGCUGUGUCAGCGGUUUGUUCCUAGAAGGUGCGCGAUGGAAUGCGACAGAUAUGGCCCUCGAAGAGAGUCGUCCUAAAGAGUUGCAUACAGAAAUGGCUAUAAUCUACAUGAAGCCGGAGCAGAACCACCGACUAGCGCCCGGCCUGUACGAGUGCCCCGCAUACAAGACGCUGGUCCGCGCGGGCACGCUGUCCACCACGGGCCACUCCACCAACUACGUCAUGAGCGUCGAGCUCGCCUCGCACAAGCCGCAGGCGCACUGGAUCAAGCGCGGCGUCGCGCUCUUCUGCGCGUUGGACUACUGAAUGUUCUACAACCUUCUAGAACUAUGUCUUAAUAAAGCCUAAUAAAGUCAUUACUUAUUCAAA